CACGAAUAAAUAUUUAACUUACGCCUUGAUCAAUCACCUCAUAGAGCAAGUCAACAAUACUGAACCGUGCUGCUCGAAGCGACUCUCGCAUAUCGUUCGUCAAUUCCACUGUGGAGGAUCGAUCAUCAAUCAACACCCCCUGCAGGCGGGCGUCUUCAAUUUUCAGCCCCUCACUCUUCCUGUUCAGGCCAGUUCGCCGCGAGAUGUGCAGACUGCAGCAGAGAAUCAAAACUCAACAAAGCCAAGCUCCAAGCUAAAAGAAUAGGAAAAGACUCCAACUGGACGACACUCCCAGCUCUCAGGGGUUCUAACGUACAGUGGUGGAGUAGCCAAAAGAGACCCCUGAAACGCGCGAAUCGUAUCUCCAGCCACUCGAAUUUACGGUGAAGACCUAAGGAUCAUCGCGUGUGUGUCCCGUGCGUGCGUGCGUGCCCGCCGUGGCCCCUCCGAGACUUGACACUACUGUACCUCACUCUUACAGUACAUACAGCUCUGACUUGCAUCUGCAUUGGUUUCGUUCGCAGCAGCAGCAGCGCACAUCACAUCCCUUUAGUCCAUUCUCCUCGCCUCGAUCCUGAUUUUCCUCAGAAUCAAAGUGAGGAUCAAUCAACGACGACACAAUUCUUCAAUUGAUUUAAUAGCGCCUUUCCUUUCUCGAAUGCGCACAGUCUGAGGUUUUCCCUCUCUCUCAUUCUGAAAUCUCACCACCAAAAAAACUUCCCACCGAGAAUUCUCAAAAAAAAUAUGGGCUUCCUCGACUGGAACGACGGUGCCUCCGUCCUCUCAGGCAGAUCUCGCCGUCACAAAUCCUCUCGCUCUCACAAGAAGCGCCGUUCGCGAUCCCGCUCCCGCUCUAGCUCCCGUGAGCGUGGUCGUGGUGGCUUCGCCGAUAUGGCAGACUCCUUCUUUGGCGGAGAUCGCUACGGCAAGCACAAUUCCUCGCGCUCUUCAUUCUUUGGCCUUGGCGGUAACAACAGCCGCUCCAGCUUCUUUGGAAACAGUCGCUCGUCUUACUACAAGCGCUCCCCACGUCAAGGCUUCGUCCAGAAGACAUAUAAACAACUCAAGCGUCUCCUCCGCGACCUCGUCCACUGGGCUAAGCGCCACCCAUGGAAGGUCUUCUUCGUCGUUAUCAUGCCCCUCAUCACGGGCGGAGCUCUGACUGCUCUUCUUGCCCGCUUCGGCCUACGUAUUCCACCCGCCAUUGAGCGCAUGCUCGGUGUCGCCUCCAAGGCUGCCACAGGCGACUCCUCCGGCCUCGUAGGUGAAGCUGUCCGCAUGGCAAGUGGUUUCGGCGGCAACAGCGCUGUUCGCGUAGAGCGUGAUACGCACUCCUACAGCGGUGGCGGCGGUGGUGGCGAUACUUGGGGUGGUUUUGCUGAUAUGGCCAAGAAGUGGAUGUGAGUGAUGUUACUCCAGCGAGAUGGCUUCGUUGCUUUGGACUUUUGACACUGCCCUUUUUGACUGACGAGACGCACGCAAUUGGCUUUGCUUGAGGCGUUUCAGGAACGGAACGGAUUGGAAUGGUAAGGAUUGACUUGAGAGGAUUAUUGUGCCCGCAUCGCCAUAGUACUAGUAGGUGGUUUUACAUAGAGACUGCGUGGCAGCAUUCUUGAAUACAUUUCACGAUUUAAUGACCCCUGAAUAUUUGGACUUUGUACCUGCCUGGAGAAUGUGAUCGCCUUCCUCCCAAACUCUA